AUGAAUAUUAACAAGUUCAAGUCUGGUCUUAAGAAACUAACUGUCAAUAAAAGGAUUAUCAUCGAUGAGCUAACUGCUUUUGCUGACGAAUAUUCAGCCGAUGGGGCUGAGGAAAUAGCGGCAGCUAUUCAAGAACACAUCGACACGUGCCCUCCACAGCACAAACUAUUUGCAUUCUACCUUUUGGAUAACAUAUGCAAAACCGUCGGUAACCCUUACAACAUUCUUCUAGCAAAUGGGCUUUUUCAACUCUUUAGAAGUACCUAUGUUCAUGUUGAUGAUGGUACACGACACAUGUUGAUAGAAUUGUUCACAACAUGGAAACAAUAUGACGAUCACACAACUGUUUUUAAUAUGCAGGUUUUACAAAAAAUUGAGAAAUUUAUUCAACAAGCACAAAAUCUUCGUUCAGCUUCUCCUGGACUAGAACACACAUCAAAAUCUGAUUUAACCCCCCGAGUUCUUAUUAAAAAUGCCAAAGAAUUGUUGACAUUGCAUGAUCAGUUGAUUUUGCAAGUCAGCAAUUUUGUCAAGGGAGACUAUCAUAAAUUUUUGUCGGAGGAAGAUUUUCAUUUUAUCGACCAAUUUAAGCUCAUCCAAAAAGAAUUGUACGACCUGAUUAAUGAAAUACUCAGUCACAUUUACGAGGACGUGAAUCUAUAUGGUGGUGCUAGUAACAAUGGGACGGAGAGGUUGAUCAGUACCCCUCAAUUCGAAAUUAAUGCAGAGAGGUACAAAGUUGACAUUGUUAGAAACCAAAAGGAUAUGUUCAAACAGCAGCAGUCGUUUACCGAUUUCCUUACUACUUGCAAGCCGCGAUUGCACAAGGCUUAUAUUUUGAAGAAAGAGAAAAGAGAAAAAAUAAAAUACCUUAAGAAAUACAGAUUUGUCAUAGAAAAGCGUCCCAAUUCAAGGUUUUUCUCACAUGUUUUGAAUGAAUCGGAAGAGUUCAUUGAUUUAAUUGACAAGUUUGGAAAGGUCACUAAGUUUACACCAGAAGAGUUAUUGUUCGUUAACGAACCACAGUUGACGGAAAUCCCGCGAGAAGAAGAAACCCAUGAUCAUCAAAUUAACUCAAAUUUCUUAGGAUUCCCUGUUGAUCUCGAUACCCUAAAGAAAACAGCAGCUAUUCAAGAUAAACCACAAGAAUCUAUUUUAGGGAUUUCCAUUAAUUUGGACAGUCUUUUAGGUUCUGGCAGUGACAGCACCAAAAAUUCAAAUGGGUAUACAGACAAAUCACAAGAUUUGGCAUUGUUGCAACAGCUGCCUUUGCAUCAACAACCAAUGAAAGAUUUAUCCAUUUCUUCACCAUUACCACUAACUUCAUUUUCAACACCUACCAUUGAUCAACCUACGUCCGAGGAACAACUCCAACCUGUAUGGAUUCCCAAUAACACUUUAGAUAAUCGAACUCAUGAAGAAGAAUCCCUGAUUUCUGGUCAGCCCACACAACAUGAUAUGCAAUUGCAAUUAUCCUCUCAUGAUGCUUUAGAAAUCACACAAACACAAAGCCGUGAACAGAAUCCAGAUCCACAACCGGUGCUUUCAAACGAUCGACCAAAAUCUUUGGAAGAUAUUGAUGGGGUAAUAAUAUAUUAUCCGAUUUUUGGAGAUCAACCAAGUUUGGUAAAUAAUGGUUCCUUUAAACAUCCAAGAAAAGUAUUCAGAAGACUGGUUCAAACACAAUCCAUUGGAGAUCUCACUUUGAAGCAUAUCCCCGAAUUUUAUAAACAAUAUGAGAUCGAUGUUAAUCUUCCAAAGUUUGCACACCCAAAUCAUUUCCCAAUUAUCCCAGAGUUUAGAGAAAAUGAAAGGAAUUUGGAUGGUUCAUCAAAUAGCAAUGGCAAUGAGGUUCUACAAAUUGAAUAUCACAAAGAUGCAACAGAAAAUGAGAAGGAAAAGGUCGAGAAUACAGAAGUGGUAAACAAUAGAGAAUUAAUUAAAGAUUCAGAAGCACCGCAAGUGCAGCCACUGGUAUCAACAAACGAAAGUCGAUCUACAAUUGAAAACAGCACAUCAUCUACAAAUGAAAAAGAAGUGCAAUACAUUACUUCACCAGUCCAACCUGCAAAUUCAUCUGUUGCAAAUAACGGAACUCUAGAAGUACCACAAGGUGCUGCUGUUUUACCACUGAGAAAAAUCAGUUUGAAUGAUUAUAAUAAAACCAAGUUGGUUCAAUCAACUUCCUCCCACUCAUCAACGUCACAACUAUCAGCACCACCGCCACCUCCUCCACCACAUGGUUCACCUCAUAAUGAAUCAUCAGAUCCCCGUACUGAAAACACAAGGUCAGAUAGAUCUCGUUUAACUAAUCGCCUGUUGUAUUCAAAUUUGGCAAUUCCAUCUAACCGGGCAAGAUCAAGUUUAAAGAGAAAAGGAUCAAGUGAUGAAACACCUAGACAGACCAAACACGUAAAAUUUACCACUGACUCAUGA